CCCACUUCUUCAGUCUUAUGUGUUCUGUGGCUUGUGACAUAAAUGUCAAUAAAAGAAAAUAAAUCUCUUUUUGAAUUUUGAUAAACAUGUGUGAUAAACAUUGAAGUUGGAAAAAGAUAAUGUACUGUAUAUUUACGCGAAAUGGGUACCUCUCACAAAGAUGAAAAAGAUGUCAUAGAUUAUAGAAUCAUCAACAUACUUGUAUAUUUCUCAGUGAUAGUAGUUAUUGGAAUUCCAAUCUGGUGGUAUACAACUAGAGUUUACAGAGCACAUCUUCCUUUAGAUGAAAUCUUACAUAAAGAAACACUAGGCAUAGGCAAUGAAACAUUAGGUUUACCAUUGAGUUUAGAGUAUGAUAUCCUUAUAACACUUGUGAACCCUGAACCUGAUCAGUUAAAUGUUGAUUUGAAUGGAGAGAAACUAAGCAACCAUUUGAAACCAUUUCUGAAGGAAGUCUCUGCAAUAAACAAAUUUGAAUUCAAAUCACAGUGGUUGUUUUACACUGAGCUUGGCUUGUUGCCUUCAAAGGUAGAUGAUUAUUAUGUACUGUCUGAAAGGCAGCUUCCUCAUAUCAUCACACCAUUAGAAACAAAGCUUUGGUCACAUCUGUCCUCUAGACCUACAGUAAACUUUAUUGUGUAUUUUGCACCUUGUGGCAAGCCUCUAACUAUCGAUAAUGAGAGAAAUAAAAGUCAAGUUAAUGCUUUUGUAAGUCCAAGGUGGGGUGGUAUAUUGAUUAUGAAUCCUGACAAAAGUGCUUGCAACUCCAAACAGUUCCAGCCAGAUAGUCAGUAUAUUGUUUCUACUUUUGUUACACAAGUGAUUCAACUAUUCAAGAUAAAAUCCUUUAAUGAAGAAGAUAUUAUGCAGUUUAAGAUAGAAAGGAUUAAAAAAAUGGUUCAGUCCACACACAGGACUCUGAAAUCAUUAGCCCAAUUGCUCACAGAGAUUAGUAGAAUAGUCAUAAGUGAUGAAGUGGGACAGAAAAUCAGCAUAGCUGUUGAUAAUGUUAAAUUAGCUGAAGAGUAUCUGAGAAAAGGUGAAGUAGAAGAGUCUUUAAAACUUGCCAAAAUUGCUUUUUCUACCUCUGAGUCAGCAUUUAGUGAUUCAUCCCUCUUGGCAUUAUUAUACUUCCCAGAAGAUCAAAAGUAUGCUGUUUAUAUUCCCCUAUUCUUACCAAUUAUGAUACCAGUAUUCAUGUCACUUGCUACUCUUAAGAAUUGGUGGAAGAGUAGGAAGAUGAAAACUCAUUAAAUCAAACAAAGAUCUUGCUUUCCUGUGAGAUGAAAUAAUUUUUUUACUAUUCAUGAUACAUCUACAAGUAUAGUAUAAGAACAGUAAUGAGAACAGGUAAAAAGUAAUGAAAUGGUGGCAUGUGGCUCACUUCUCUGAUUUCUGUGAACUUACAAGUUUUUAUAUCUUACAUGUUUUGUGAAUUUUUACCAAACAUUUCGAUAUUUUCUUUGUUGCAUUUAUAAAGUACCAAUAAGUAAGUCUUGUGUAAAACAAAUAUGAAUGUAUGAUAACCAUUGUGCCAUUAUGGCAUAAUUAUAAAAAAGACACAG